CCUCUACUCACCUUUCGGCUGCAGCAGACGGUGCAUGCAGGUGUAGAUCCAGAGCAGCCACCAAGUGAUCACCGACGCGAUGCGGCUGCAUCUCUCUGCCGCCCUGCUGCUGCUGGCGCUGCUGUGCCUCUCGCAGCUGGCCGUGCCGUCGGUGGCCCAGGAUGACGACCCAGAGGUCACCGAGGGAGACGACCCCAUGAUGGACGAUGACAUGGGUAUUCCCUGACCACACACACAACAGACACAGACAACACAGACACGCGGCACAGAGGCAGGCCGGCAGGAAUUGGGUGUGCGUAAGUCACAUGCCGCCGGUCUCUGUUUGUUGUGCGUGUCUGUGCGGUGUGUGUGCAGAUGAGGAGUAUGGCGAGGAUGACGACAUGCCCUAUGACGACGAGAUGAUGGGCGGCGGCGGGCCGCCUGGCAUGGGCGAGGAGAUGGAAGACGAGGAGGAGGGACCGAGCGAGCCCGUCCAGACGGUGGACUACGCCAAGCCGGACACCGAGGGGCUGCUGUUUGCCGAGCUGUUUGACGCCGACUGGUCGACGCGGUGGCAGAAGAGCAAGGCCGACAAGUUCACGGGCGAGUGGAAACACAGCCUCAGGGAGAAGGAGGCCAUCGUCGGCGACUACGCCCUCGAAGUCGGCAACGAGGUGAGGGCCUCACCCACACACACAUUCACACCACAAGCUGUCUGCGCACCGCACCGUCUGCAUGUCGGUGGGUGCGUGUGUGGUGUUGGCAGGCGCGUCAUCACGGCGUUGCGGUUGAGAUCCCCGAGGUGACGAGCAACAAGGACGGCCACUUCGUGGUGCAGUACGAGGUGAAGUUCCAGCGCGAGCUGCAGUGCGGCGGGGCCUACCUCAAGCUCUUCAAACUCGAGAGCGGCACCAAGCCAGAGGACUUCACCAACGACACUCCAUACGUCAUCAUGUUCGGGCCUGACCGGUGAGGCAGGGAGGCAGGGAGGGAGGGAGGCGGGCAACGAGGCAGGGAGGGAAGGAGAGAGAGAGAGGUCUUUCUGUGUGUGGUCAGGUGUGGGACGACCAACAAGGUGCAUUUCAUCCUUCGCCACCAGAACCCCACCAGCAAGGAAUGGUCAGCCCACACCACCCCACCCCACCCCACACACAUGAGUGUGUGUCCCUUCGGCUGCAGGUCGGAGAAGCACUUUUCCUCCCCUCCCUCGGUGCCCUAUGACCAGCUGACGCACCUGUACGCCCUGCACAUCAAGCCCGACAACACAUUUGACAUUCUCAUCGACAACAAAGUCGAAAAAUCGGUCAGACUGCAGCAACAAGGAGAGGAAAGGGGAGGGGAGGCCAGCAGACGAUGACGCGUGCACGUAUUGGCAUAUUGGUUGGUCGGUUGUGUGGACCUGCGUGUGCAGGGUAGUCUUCUGAAGGACAUGGAGCCGCCCAUCAACCCACCAGAGAUGAUUGACGACCCCACAGACAAAAAGCCAGACGACUGGUGGGCUGGGCUGGCUGGCUUGCCAUGUCACCACACGAACACGGAGGACUUUUUGUUUGUGUCUCUUGACACAUUGUUGUGUGUGUGUGUGUGUGUAGGGUCGACAACCCCAAGAUGGAGGAUCCCGAAGCUAAGAAGCCCGACGAUUGGGACGAGGACGCGCCCAAGAGGAUCAGAGACCCUGACGCAAAGAUGCCCGAGGUGAGCAAGCGAUGAAUUUUCUUGUCAAGAGUUGAAUGAUUGCACGUGGGUGCGCCUGUUGUGUAGGGCUGGUUGGAGGAUGAGCCCCUGCAGGUGGCCGAUCCGAGUAGCGUCAGGCCAGAGGACUGGGACGAUGAGGUAGAGGCACACACAGACCAGACCAGACCGUCACACAAUCCCAUCUACGAGUCCAUCCAUCCAUCCAUCUAUGUCGAUCAUGUGCUGGAUGUGUGUUGUGUGUAGGAGGAUGGUGAGUGGACGGCUCCUUUGGUGGACAACCCCAAGUGCAAGGUGGGGUGCGGCAAGUGGGAGGCGCCCAUGAUUGACAACCCCAACUACAAGGGCAAGUGGACACCGCCACUCAUCGACAACCCAAACUACAAGGUACACACACACACACAGGCAGGCAGGCAGGCAGGCAGACAGGCUCUUGCAGCAAGACGGAUAAGGAUGCAUGACGUCUGAUGUCCAACAGGGCGAGUGGAAGGCGCGACAGAUCAAAAACCCCGACUACUUCGUCGACAAUGUAUGUAUGUUGCUGUCUGUGCCCCCCAUCGAUUCACCCAUUAUAUGUGUCGGUUGGCUUGUGCACAUCCAUCCAUCAGGCCCCCCACGCCCUCUCGCCCAUCAACGCAAUCGGCAUCGAGCUCUGGACCAUGCAGGUACGACCACACACACACACACACACACCACAUCACACACGACAUCCCACUUUGUGUCUGCCUAUUGUCUGUGUGCAGAGCGGUAUACUGUUCGACAACAUCGUCGUGUCCCGCGACAUGGCCAAGGCCAAGGCGUUCGGGGAAGCGACGUGGAAGGUACGUGCAGCAUAGCAGCAUACGUUCCCGAACGACAAAAAAGAGGCCGAUGGCGGGGCUGGGCUGUGUGUGAAUGUGUGUGUGUGUGCAGGUUCGCCACGACAUUGAGGACAAGCAAAGCGGCGCUGCCUCGAGCAAGAAGAAAGACAAGGCAUCCUCCUUCAUCAACACUAUCAAGGUCGGACCCACACCCACACCCACACAGACACACACCCACAUGCCGUCUGUCCACUCGUCAUAUGUGUGUGCAGGAGGGUUUCAUGAGCCUGAGCCUCUCCUUCCAGCUGUCCAUAGUGGCCAUCGCCCUCAGCACCAUGAUUCUGAUGGCCUACGGCUUCGGCCGCCGGUCCGCCAAGCCCACCACCAAGCGCAAGGGCGGCAGCAAGAAGGACAAGGGGGCGGCAGCCUCGAGCAAGGACGACAAGGACAAGCAGGAGGGCGCCGAGGGCGACGACGAGGCGGAGGAUGAGCAGGAGGGCGAGGGAGAGGGGGAGGGGGAGGGUGAGGAGAGGGAAGGCGAGGACAAGAAAGACGACAAGGCCAAGAAGGACGAGUAAUGAGUAAUAAGUAGUCGGGAGGGAGGGAUUGCGUAGAGGGAAGGAGGGAGGGAGGGGUUCUGUCAGUUCGCAGCAGUCGGUGUGUUGUCUUGAUUGGGUGGGGUCACUUUGGUUUCUCUACCUAUGUAUGUAUCCGCCCGCCCAUGCAUUCAUUCUCAUGCGAGAUUCUCUUUCCCUCUGUCUCUAUCUCUCUCUGAUUUCCUGCUUCCCUCAUCCUUCCUUUCCCCUUUCCAUGGCUGCCCUGCUUGUCUAAUGGGUGCUCAAGUUGACUGACAGGGGUGUGUCAAUACUCACCCUCCCCCUGCCAAUCACACACCCACUAAUUCAUCGGCAAGCAAGGCGGACACACAGACACACAGACAGACAGACAGCCUCGACCUGCCUUGCCUUGCCUUGCUCUCACUGUGCGCCUGCCUGCCUGCCUGUCUGCCUGGAUGCAUGGAUGGAUGGACUGGUUCUCGAUAGCACCAGGGCCUUUAAUGCGACAGACGUGUGUGUGUCGUGAUGUGAUCGACGUUAGGGAUAGAUGGAUGCGACAGACAUCGGCUAUCGUCUGUAGGGGACCGGACCACGGUGUUGCUUGCUUGUUUCUGUCUGUCUUAUGUACCUGCCUGCCUCUGCAAACCUACCUGAGUGCCGUACCCGGCCCAGUGGAUGGAUGGAUGGAUGGUGGUGUGUAUACCUCACUAACUCAAGAGAUGAUCAAAUGCGUGUGUGCAUUCGUGUGGGUGCGUUUUGCGGACACAGACGCCGUCCCUGUCUGUCUGUCUGUCUGUGUUUGUUCCCCGUCAAGUGUGAUUUGAGUCAGCAGCCAUUCUGGCUCACUUCGCGAUGCCAUCCAUCCACCACAUUGAUUGAUGUCGAGUCGACUGAUGCCACGCCGCGAUAGGUAGGUACAGUAUGUCCCAAAAGAAAAAAAUGUGGGCAAACAGGCGAGGUCAGCAGCACAACCACGCGUGACAACGACGAGAGAGUGAGCACGUGUGAACUCACGCACCCACCCUCCCCACCCACCCACCCACCCAAAGAGGCAUGUAGGCAUGCAUCCACAUGGAUCCGUUGCUCGUGGACAGACGUAUCAUGGACUAACGACAGGUAGGCAGGCAGGCAGGCAGGCAGAGUCAGUGAGCAGAUGACUUUCGUCAGAAUCGCAUCGACCACGUCGCAUCAAAAUCACCAAACACACGAACACUCACACACCCACAUGCACCCAUCCGUGUCUCCGUGUGUCCAUCUAGGUAGGUAUCACACACAGACACAUACACACACACACACAGACAAGACAGAGGUAGGGUAGGUAGGUAGGUAGGUCGGUAGGUAGGCACCACGUUGAAUUACGUACGUACGUCUACCAUGACAUGAUCACACACACCUACCCUUUGCCCCAUGACCCACGGGCGCAACACAGCUAGCUGACAGGCAAAACCACAAGUGAGACUGACAACUUAAACCCUUAAGCCCCUCCCCCCUCACAGACACACACACGCAGAGAGUGACAGAUAAAAAUAGAGGUAGACACUGAGAGAGAGAGAGAGAGAGAGAGGCGGGGCAGGCAGACAGGCAGGACGAGUGGACGCCACUAAAGCGAUCGAUCGGCAGGUAGGCUAGGCAGACUAACGGUUUCCGUACGGUAGGUACACAGACACGGUACGGUACGGUAUGGGGGGGGGGAGAGACAGACAGAACACAGAGGCGCACAGAAAGACAGAUGGGCAGAUGGGUAAAAAGUGGCAUGGCAUCGCACUCACACACACACACACACAGACAUGCACACACACAUCGGUCAAGGCAGGUGGGCAGGUAGUCAAGGCAAGCCAAGCCAAGCCAAGACAAGACAAGACGAGUGAAGGGAAAAAGAGGAACCUCUCCCUAUCCAGAGAGGGCAUUGAUUGCAUCCGUGCGAUGGUCGCAGGAGGGUGGGCGGAGACAGACAGACAGACAGACACAGAGAGACACAGGCAGCCUAGAGCUUCACAGACGGGUGAUAGUGUCCACAGACGAGUGAGCAGAUUGACAUCCAGACAGACAGGCAGGCAGGCAUCGACAUAUCAACAGCUGAAAAACGCUUACAAGACAUGUAUGUAUGGGUGUAUCCAUGUGUGUAUGCAUGUCACGUCACACGAACGAACUGCGAUCCUCCCUCCCUCCGUCUGUCCUUCCCUCCCUCCCUCCCUCCCUGUUACGUGAUACGGCGCUUUGCGGUCAGUCUGGUGUGCAUGGCUCUGUCUGUCUGUCUGUCUGUCUAGGGCGGGCGGUAUGGGUGAUGCUCCCGUCUGUUCGGCGAGUGACAAAUACCGGCGUCCCUAACGAAACCCCCCUUGUCAUGUAGUUAGCUGUGGCAGUGCUGCUGCUGAAAGGUUUGUAGGUCCCCCCCCUUCUCUCUCUCUCUCUCUCUCUCUCUGUGUGUGUGUGUGUGUGUGUCCAUG